AUGAAUUGGUUUGGCAAUGAAUUUCUUGACACUCAUCAUAGAAGCAGACGAUCUGAAAGCGUUAGAUCAAAUAGAUAUACCGAAAUCGAAAUUCUCCAUCAUCAAAUUGGUUUUUUCAAAAUUAGUUGUAGAGCAGAUUCAACAAUAGGCGAUGUAUGUAAUCAAAUAAAACAGAAGUAUCCUGAUUUUAUCAAAGAUAAUCUAGUGCUAAUCAAAGAUGGCAAAAUUCUAAGCGAUAAUGAUCCAUUGGCCAAUAUAAUUUGCCAGUAUUUAGUCUGUUACAUGAUUGAUAACACUCAACAAUGUUUGAAUGAAGAAGAAGAAUAUUUAAAUACUCUUCAACCUGAAAAGAAGAAGAUGUACAAACAAUUAAAGGGCAUGGGAUAUACGUACCAGAAGAUAAAACGUGCAAUGCCCUAUGCUAAUGAUAUUAAUAUUGCAGUCGAAUUGAUUGAUGUUUUAUAA